AUGGCGACCGAAGCGCCAGACCCACGGAAUUUCAAGACGUGGGAAGACGCGUUCCAAUACCCAAUUCCUGUGGUUCGUAAGCUCGAACAGCAGCUGCGCAACAAUGCCGAUGAGAAUCGUGAGAAGCUGCGGUCGCUCGUGGGGGCAAGUUACCGCAGCCUCCUCGACACGGCCGAGACGAUCAUCGACAUGGAAGUACGGAUGGAUCAAGUCGAGACCAAGCUUUCAAAAGUAGGACAGAAUUGCAACUCGAGAGGGCUGGAAAGGAUCUCGAACAAUGCGGGAAAUAUGGACGCACACAUACGGGGUCGCGAUGCGGAGCGCUAUACGCUGGCGUCCCAACUCUCGGUCUUGCGCAAUGCGCCUCUGGUCAUGACACGCCUUAUGAAAAGAGAGGGGUCGUAUUUGCUUAUUGCAAAGGUUCUGGUCAUCUCACGACUGCUCCACAAGGCCCUCAGUCAGUCUGCAACGAAGCCCCCCAUCGUGGACCUGCUGUGGGAGAGGCUCCUGUCUGUACGAAGAAAGCUCUUGCGGAGGAUCGAUAAGCGGCUGUCGAGUCCGAGCGGCGAGACGGCAACAUUAGUCGAGAGUAUGUCCGCCUAUGCGCUUGCGACAAGUUCGACGCCGACCGAUGUGUUGCACCAUUUUCACAAGAUGAGAUUGGACAGGAUGAACAGCGAAUUGAGGGCAGGUGGUGAUGAGCUUGCGAAGCAUGGUAUCGAUGCGCUCAAGCUGUGCAUCCAGACGUGCCUUGAUACCCAAACAAUCUUCCCGCGACGCUUAGCAGAGGCACUAGGAAAGCUGAAGACGCACCCCUUGAUCCAGAAUCGCGACGUCCGCGGCCUAUAUGAGCUGAAUCUAGACGUGCACGACCGUUGGCUUGGCGAUGAGGCACGGAACUACACACCCUGGCCGCGCCACGAUGAAUUACAGCGGCCAGAAGCCGAACGGAUUUUGCACCGCUGGUCCAGGGAUGCCAUUGCCGCUUUUCUCAAGGGUGUCAAGGAGACGCUGGAGAGCGAAGAGCGAUUGCAGGAGGUUGCGAACCUGCGGCAGGAACUCAUUGAAACAUGGAUCCUGUCGGGGUCUCGCAUGGCAGGCGUCAAGUCGGCCAACAUCCUUGACGACCUGCGCGACACGAUGAACGACAAGCUCGAAAGCAUUGUGCGGUCACGGACAGACCGACUGCGGACUGUUGUUGGAGAACUUACGGCUCAGCUAGACACUGUCACUGCAUCCCAAGCGACCUCGGCACUAACUCUCUGGGGCACACUCGACAAGGCUUCCGAUCUCAAUAACGGCGCUCAGUCUUUCAAGGCAACCAUACUCAACACAUACCAAGGCCGAGACGAUCCUGUCAUCGGCGUUACAUCUGCAUUUGACAACUGGAUGGCGUCGGUCCUGGAAGUCAAAGGGAUAGUAAAGAGCAUGAAGGAAGCACGCUGGGACGACACCUUUGCCGACGAUGUUGGCGAUGAAUCCGACGACGAAGUUGGCGACUCAAAGCAAACGCUGCUUAGCGACGACGACCCAAAGUUGCUGGAGGAAUCCACGCAAGAAGCCCUGAGCGAAGCCAUGCAGAAUCUCGGAAAAAGUCUCUCUAUGAUUACAAAGUCUUCAAAUGAAUCAGAUGGCAAUGACUCGAACAUCCAAAAGGCUACCUUCAUCCUCCGCGUCAUAAGGGAAAUCGGCGAUCGCAUACCGCAGCUGAAGCUCCAGGACAGAGCUACACCGCCUGCAUCUCCCUUUACCAACGACAUACUCGAGCCGCUACACCUGACUCUAACAUCAUUUGUCGCGGAGCCCACGCUGGAAGCAUACAAAACGGCGCUGUCAAAAUCGCUUAAGCUCAAAUCCAAUAGCUACAUCCUGUGGGAAGGCCAUCCGCCACUACCCAGCCAGCCAUCGCCCAGCGCAUUCCGGUUCCUGCGCGAGCUGAAUAAAAAAAUGACGGCUGUGGGAAGCGAUCUCUGGGCUCCGGCUAGCGUAGCCGUCUUGAAGACCAGAGUCGCCAAGGAAGUAGUCCGGCUUAUUGAACAGCAUGCCGAUGCCAUUGUAGCGCCGGAACAAAGCACACCGACUAAGACCACCGAGAAGCCCGAAAAGGAGGAUAAACCUGAUGGCGAAGAGGGAGAUAAAGACGAAAGCAGCAAGGAAGACACCGAGCCUCUUUCUUCUGAAAACGCCGCUUCUUCGUCUUCAUCUUCGGAGGUAAAGGCACAGAGACUCAAGCACCUCCUCUUUGACAUCUUCUACCUUCAGCGCUUCAUCGACCCUGCUGCAGGCGACGACACGGCUGUGGCUGUGAGCAAGAAGAUGGAUUUGCACGAUGUCGACGAUGCGGCUGUGACGCGGUUGAAGCGGAGUGCGGCUGAUUAUGCGAAGAAGACGUAUCUCCUUUUUGCGCUGCUGGCUUGAAAACACCUUUAAGACUAUAUAUUCAGUCCAAUGCCAAUUGAAGAAACUUGUGCUGAAUUCUAUAUUGUCUGUCUGUCUGUGUGUGUGUGUUUUAAAAUCCAGCAUAUAUGGAUGACUGAUGGAGAUUCAACCUGUACGUAUGCGUUUAGCGGAUUUAGCAAUUAUCG